AUGUCUGCCAAGGUUCUCGCCGAUAAGGACGUCAACGCCACCAUGACUGAGCAGCCCGCUGUCAAGGACGUCAAGAGCAUGGAGUACCACCGCCAGGCUUUCCAAACCAAGAUGGCUGAGGACGAGACUGCCGACAAGUACGUCUCGCCAUCAGACAACAUCAUGAGCCCUGCCUCCAAAAAGAUCAACGCUCUACGAAACAAGCACGCCAACAAGGCCAAGCCCAAGUCAUUGUUCGCCCAAGCGAGCGCUAAGAAGCUCCAAGGCGACAACCCCUUCGGCGCAACGCCAGCACCAGCUAAGGCUGCUUUCCAGCUAUAG